AUGGACAAAAAACUUCUCCUCUCUGGUGCUAUAAUGAUGGCAAAUUGUGCCACAUUUAGCCAAGAAAUUGUGCCUCUUAAUCAAAACCUCACCACUGAUGAAUUUUCUCUUCUCGAGUCCGGAAGCCAAAUCACUUCUGACCCUUUUGCAAUCUUGGCUAAUUGGUUUUCAACAAUUGAUAUUUGCAAAUGGGCAGGGGUCUAUUACAAUCUCCGGAAGAGAAUCAUGGCCUUGGAUCUGAAAAGUUGCAUAUCCCAACAGGAUCUUUCUGGCUGGAACCUUGGAGGAACUAUCUCACCGCAAUUGGGAAACCUAACAUUCCGAACAUCACUGGACAUUAGCAGCAACUUCUUCAGUGGCUUCAUCCCAAAUGAGUUGGCUAAUUUACAAGGUCUAAAACAGAUGAAUUUUGGACAUAACAACUUUUCUGGAGUGAUCCCAUCAUGGCUUGGAGCCUUGCCUGAACUUGAGCUCCUUCUUCUUGACCAUAAUAGGUUCACAGGCGUCAUACCAGGUCCUUGGUAUAUACUGGACUCCAUUCUUCUCUGCAACAAGUGCAUUCUCAAUUCAAGCAUACUUAACAAAUUGAGUUAUCUUUCCUUUACUGUAUGCACAGGUGGGAUUCCAUUAGAGAUUGGAAGCUUUCUAUUAAACAUGUGGUACAAUCUUCCGGCACUUGAAGAACUAUAUCUUUCAACCAACCAGCUCAAUGGCCCAAUUCCUUCUUUCAUAUGGGACUGCAAGACUCUUGUACGCCUAUACUUGGCAGAAAAUAACUUCACAGGUGAAUUUCCAGGUGAAAUUGGUAAAAAUAACAUUCUUGAAAUACUUUCUGUCAUAAACAAUAACCUUUCCAGCCUCAUCCAGCCUGGGAUCUUCAACAUGUCAUCACUCGUGUAUAUGCAUUUGGCUUUUAACUACUUCUCAGGCUCUGUUCCUUCAGCAUCAAGUAUGCAAAUUAGACUUCCAAAACUGCAAGAAAUUUUUCUUAACUCCAAUAAAUUCAGUGGUAGAUUGCCAAGCCCUAUGGCCAAUUAUUCUAAAUUUACCAUGCUAGUCAUGUCACAGAACUCUUUUACUGGCCCUAUACCUAGCACACUUGGUAAUGUAAGAUCAUUGAAGUAUCUUUUUCUAGGAGACAACAAUUUGACAAGGGAAUCUUCAACUCCAGAAUUGAGAUUUAUCUCUUCUUUGACGAAUUGCAGACAAUUGGAGUAUGUUGUUGUAUCGGGGAAUCAAUUUGAUGGUCUGCUUCCAGCGUCAAUUGGGAAUUUCUCCUCAUCUCUUAGACUGUUCACAGCUUUUGGAAGCAGGAUCAGUGGUACUAUUCCAAGUGAAAAUGGGAAUCUUAGCAGCUUGGAAGCCAUAUAUUUCGAUAACAAUGAUUUGACUGGAUAUAUUCCAUCAUCAGUCGGGAAUUUAAGUCGUGUUCAGGGUAUAUAUCUUGAACACAAUAGACUGCAAGGACAUAUACCUACCGAGCUUUGCCAACCGAAGAAUCUUGGCGACUUGUAG